AUGGCGCCAAUUGACCCCGCCGCCGCCAAGGCUGAAAAGAAGGCGAAAAAGGAGAAGAAGCGAGCCCGAGAAGAAGAUGCAGCUGCCGACACAGAGCGAAAGCAUAAAAAGUCAAAGAGCGUCGCUGCCGCAGAAGUAACUGAAGCCAGCAGCGAUUUGAAGGUCGAGAAGAAAAAGAAGAAGAGUAAGAAGGACAAGCAUGCCGAAGAUGCUGCCGUGCAACCAGAUACAGAAGUUUCCGCAGUAGAGGGUAAGCCGGAGAAGAAACAUAAGAAGAAGAAGCAUCACGAUGCGGAAGUUGCAGCCACAGAAGAGGUCCACACCCCGGCUACAGCCGAUGGCGAGAAGAAGAAGAAGAGCAAGAAGAAGCACAAGGAAACCGAAGCGAUAGAAAUUGCAGAGCGACCUAAGAAGUCCAAGAAGGACGAGACCGCCGUUGAGCCUGAGGAGGAUGCUUCACCCGCCGACCCUGACGCUAUGGAUGUUGACAUGCCUCCUCCCGCCAAACCUUCAAAGUCGAGCAGCAAUAUUUAUCAACCACCCGAUAUCCCCGCGAACCCUCAAUUCCCCUUCUUCACACAGACCGUGUCACUCUACGAGCCUCUCUUCCCCAUUGGCUGGGCGCAGCCUGUCACAAGCUGCCAGCAACAGCACCUCUCACAUCUCCGAAACAAGUACGUGCCUUCGCUGCGCGGUGUUCUCCUCGACUACAAGAAUGUCGCUUUCGGCGAAAACCCUGGACGAAAGGGUGCGGCUACGGAUGAUGAGUCGCCGGCGACUGUCAUGGCCAAGGGCGAGUCUGCUGUUGGCUUCGGCUGGAUUACUGCUGAUGUUGAUCUUUUCGUGCCGAGUCGCGGUGCUUGGAUGGAGGGUAGUGUCAAUCUGCAAACUGAGGGACACAUUGGUGUUGUUUGCUUUGGCAAAUUCAACGCUUCAAUUGAAGCUCGUCGACUUCCUCCCGACUGGAAGUGGGUUCCCAACGAAUCCCCUGAGGCACAGGGCUUCGAGGAAACCGCUUCAGUCAUCACCGCCGACGAUCACGGCGUGGUUCGUCAAAUCCACAGCACCGGUUUCUGGGCCGACGGCAACGGCGACAAAGUUAAGGGCAAGAUUCGCUUCCGGAUACGUAACUUCGACGUCGGCACCAGCGGUGAGACCAGCUAUCUCAGCUUGGAGGGUACAAUGCUGGACAAGGCCGGUGAGAAGGCCGUUGUAGCUGAAGAGGCAGAGACAGCCAAGAUGCGAAAGGGCAAGAAGGGCAGCCAGCGCGCCCAGCGAAGACGUAUUCCCGAGUUCGCAAUGACUCGCUUCGCUGUAGAGGGAGAGGAGCAGACGGAGGAUAACGAGGCGGAGAAGCGCGAGGUGUUGGCGCUGCCCGAGGAUCAGUAA